UUUUUUGUUUCUCUCACUUCAUCGUUAUCACUUUCUGUAGUUCUUCUACGAAAUCAGAGAAGAAUGACGAUGAUCUAUCCACCAGAGGAUAAAAUCAUGGGUUAUUAUCUGAAGAUGAUGAUCGAUAACAAAAACGAGUGGCCUAGCAACUUCCUCCGAAGCGAAGACGUGUACUGCGUAAACCCAUCGACGCAUUUCAAUACUCAAGAACCUCUGAUCCUACACGACGGACGAUACUUGUUCGUUAACCGAACAAAGAAUUCAGGUAAAACCGAUGGAUGUGAGUCUGGUUGCUGGAGGAUCAUUGGUCGUGAUAAACUGAUCAAGUCGGAGAAGAAUGAGGAGAUUCUAGGGUUCAAGAAAGUGUUCAAGUUUUGUGAAAAGAAAGAGGAGAAACCACCGACAUCGUUUUUCAAGUUCAGCUGGGAGAAGGAGCAGAAGGAGAAGAGACGAGUGAGAGAUAAGAGGCUUUGGGUGAUGGAAGAGUAUAGGCUUGCGAGUAAAUGGAAGCAAGAUUACGUGAUCUGCAAGAUUCGGCUUCUGAAUCCGAACCCACUACAGUUCAUGUUAUCCAACCACGUUCGAGGUUACGCUCUAUGUUAAGAUUAUGAAUUGAAGAAGAUUCGCUUUAAGUUUU